GCCUAGGGGACAAGGAAGAUGGACCUCGCAAGUCUGCCAAGCUACGUCUUGGUCUUGAGAUGGCCGGACUAGCGCAAUGGAAAGACUUGGCGGGAGUCGUCACGCCCAAUCUCGUCGUUCUAGGGAAUCUGAGACGAUUCACCAAGACGAGGAAGAAGCAGAAAGCCAGCCCAGAGCAUCGGCAUAUACUAGUCUCUCAUACGAUGAGGAUGACCUGGACAAGAUAGGGAGCGUAGCAAGAAAGCUACGUGCCCUGGAGGAAAAGGUGGAAGAGAAGGCGGGAGCAAAAAAGCACACCCUGGCUAAAUCUCCCUUUUCGGCCAGGGUACAUGCACAGAAAUUGAGGCGGAAGAUUAAGCUGGACGUGGAGAAAUUCAUAGGAAAGGAGGAUCCAAACGUCCACCUUGACACCUUCCACAAUGCAGCACAAAUGGCCGGGUGCACUGAUGCUGAGGAAUGCCUACUCUUCUUCUCGUCCUUGAGAGGGAGGCCAGUGGAAUGGUUUAACGGCCUUCCACAUGGUAAAAUCGGGUCCUUUAAGAAACUUUCCGAAGUUUUUCGCAAGAAGUACCAGGACAAUUGUAUCAAACGGAAGAAGUUCACCUACCUAAACACGGUAGGGCAGAGGGAGAAGGAGUCCUUGACUCAAUUUUUGACCCGCUGGAGGGACGAGGUUGACAAUGUAGAAGAGAUGGACGAUAAGACGGCCAUGUCUUUGCUGAUGAAUGCCUUUGGUCGGGUGACCUCUACACUGAAUUUUGUAGGAGACCACCCUCUUCUUAUCAGGAAGCCUACAAUACGGCAUGGGAGUAUGCCGAGGCGGAGGUCCUAAACAAGAGCAAGCGAGAGCUGGAGGAAGGCUACACAAGGGUGAAAACCGACAAGCCGAAGAAAGGAAGGUCAGGAUU